AUUAAGCUGAAAGAGAGGAGGGGUCAUGAUCAGAAAAGCCUGAGAAAGAAAAUAAAAAUGAAAGAGCUAAAGCAAAGUGUUCCCAGAAAUAUAGUGACAUCUGUCAAACAAACCCCCACCUAGGCAAGACUCCCCCAACCCUUAAACGCUAUAUAAACCCCACCAGCUCUCCCCUAGUCUGCCCCAAUUUUCAUAGUCAAGUUGGCCUCUGCCACCUCUCCUUCUCUCUCUCUCUUGGAUUCUCUUCUAUUCUUAUGCCACCAUGCAAGGAUUUUACUACUCUUUGCCAGCAUCACCACCCCAAACUUUUCUUGCAACCUUUACAACUUUCCAAGAUUGUCAGGUUCCCUUUCUGAUUACACCAAUUCUAUUCUUUUCUUUGGUCUUGUUGUUGGUGGUGCUGCUAUUGUUGUCUAUUCAUCAAUGGCGACACCCCAAGGACAAACUUCUGCCACCUGGUUCCAUGGGUUGGCCUUAUAUUGGCGAGACUCUCAAGCUUUACACUGAGAAUCCCAAUUCUUUCUUUGCCAACAGGCAAAAAAGGUAUGGAGAUAUAUUCAAAACUCACAUAUUGGGAUGUCCCUGUGUGAUGAUUUCAAGCCCUGAGGCAGCAAGGAUUGUUCUGGUGACAAAGGCUGAUCUUUUUAAGCCAACUUAUCCACCAAGCAAAGAGAAGAUGAUAGGACCUGAGGCUCUAUUCUUUCAUCAAGGUGCCUAUCAUUCAAUGCUGAAGAAGUUGGUCCAGGCCUCGUUUUUACCCUCUGUAAUUAGACGGUCAGUUACAGAGAUUGAGCAGAUUGUUUUAAAAUUUCUACCAAGUUGGGAGAAUACCACUAUCAACACCUUGCAAGAAAUGAAGAGAUAUGCUUUUGAUGUGGCAAUGAUUUCUGCCUUCGGGCACAAACAAGACUUGGAAAUGAAAGGAAUCAAGCAACUCUAUCAAUGCCUGGAGAAGGGUUACAAUUCUAUGCCUUUGGAUCUUCCAGGAACUCCUUUCCACAAAGCAAUGAAGGCUAGGAAGCUACUGAAUGAGACCCUGAGAAGAUUGAUACAAAAUAGAAGAGAAAAUGAGAAACAAGGAGGAGGAUUGCUGGGAGUUAUGUUGGAGGCCAAAAACCAGAUGGUUGAUCAACUGAGUGAUUCUCAGAUUGCUGAUAAUUUAAUUGGAGUGAUCUUUGCUGCUCAUGACACCACUGCGAGCGUCUUAACAUGGGUUUUAAAGUACUUGCAUGACAAUGGAGAUAUACUAGAAGCUGUCACAAGAGAACAAGAAGGUAUUCAACGCAAAAUAAUUGAAGCAAAUCACAGGCUUACCUGGGAUGAUACGAGGCACAUGCCACUGACUACCAGGGUAAUUCAAGAGACACUAAGAACAGCAAGUAUACUGUCAUUCACGUUCAGAGAAGCAGUGCAAGAUGUCGAGUUUGAAGGCUAUUGUAUCCCCAAAGGUUGGAAGGUUCUCCCCCUCUUCAGAACCAUCCAUCAUUGCGCAGAUUUCUUCCCUCAACCCGAAAAAUUUGACCCUUCAAGAUUCGAGGUGCCACCGAGACCCAACACGUUUAUGCCGUUUGGCAAUGGAGUUCACUCUUGUCCAGGCAGUGAGCUGGCUAAGCUUGAGAUGCUGGUGCUCCUCCAUCAUCUCACCACCAGCUACAGGUGGCAAGCUGUGGGAGAUAAAGAUGGAAUCCAGUACGGUCCCUUUCCUGUUCCCAAACGUGGCUUACCUGUAAAGGUCUCCCCUAGAAAAAUAAAGGCAGCAUGAACAAUAGGAUUCCUGGAUUUGGAGUCAGUGAAGAUUGAAACUGUCCACAGGGGCCAAAAGCAAGUUAACCCCAUUGAGCUCUUCUCUUUUAUCUUUUUAUCUUCCCUUUUUGGUUGUUAAAUUUUUCAGUGGGAAUCUUUCGUAAUUGCUUCAAAGCUUUCUCGAGUUAGGGUUUUUUGUCUUGGUUUGUUCGGGGUGAAGUAAAUGUAUUGUGUAUUAAAACAAAAACAAUAAGCAAAAUGCAAAAAGGAAGAAAGAAGUGUAUUUGCAAUAGUGCGUUUGAAACAAGUUCGUCUGUUUUGAGGAUCAAAUCUGUGUGGUCUAGAACG